AGUAUACUUUUGAAUACAGAAGAUGUCCUUCAAAAUCAUUAUUUUAUGCGCUCAUGCGUUUUUUAUGCAGAGCAUCACCGCACAAUAUAUCGGUAAUGCGUUUGCUGAAAACAUAGCUUGGAGUCCAUCUUACCCCAUGCCUUAUGGGCCUACGCCAGUGCCGUACGCACCAACCCCAGUACCUUUUACACCGAACCCAGUGCCGUACGCACCAACCCCAGUACCUUUUACACCAAACCCAGUGCCGUACGCACCAGCCCCAGUACAAUACGCACCCGCCCCCAUGUCAUACGCACCUGCUUCUUCAUACACACCUAAUAGCUAUUAUGUAUCAAGUCCGUACAACCCAGCAAGUCUAUCUGCAUCAAACGCAUGUGGUUUUUCCGUAUCCAGUUCAUCACCGGUGGCCCCAGUUGGUGUUACUAUGAUGUCAGAGAAUGCCUUCGAGGGUCCAUUAGCAGUAGCUGGACAAAUGCCGUUCCUGGGAGCUAUUGGGGUUGAAGGUAAUCUUCCUACCUAUGGUGCUGGAGCUGUUACAUAUAAUAGUGGUAAUGGCCAGGUUGGAAUAAUGGCUGAAGAUCUUGCUGGUUAUGGCUACCCGGGCUAUUCUUAUGGAGCUCACGGGUAUUAUGAAGGGUAUUAUUAAAAAGUUGUAGAUAAUAAAUGUUUAUACAAUGUUUCGUUAA